AUGCAAUCGUCAUAUAUUGAUAGACAAAUGGGCAUCCCACUUAGAUUGAAUGGUAGAUUUAAAUACCAAAAGGAAAUUGCAACUUUAAAGUAAUAGUUAAAAAAGGUCUAGUUGAUCAGGGCCAUUUUAGCUUUCAUAGUUGUUUUGCUAUUAUAAAUAAAUACAAAGAGUAACUAAACUGGAGCAAAAUCUCACAAUAAAUUUACAUGGAAAGCAUUGAUGAAGAUUAAUCCCUAUGUACUGUUAGGAUUCUCGAUUGUCAUAAGUGUUCUUUUUUUCGUUGGAUACGGAGACAAUGAAAUUCAAACAAAUCCUGGAAGAAUUAUUGCAAUAUUUGCCUGUCUUUGGGGUUCUGUCAUUUAUUCUUUGUUCAUUUUGUCUAUGAAUGUACUAACAAAACAAGAUGAAAGCGAUGAGUCAGCCUAUAAAUAAUUCAGGUAGGAAGAUGGUGUAAAAAAACUUAAGAAGCCUGCUGGAAAGAUUAUUGCCAACUUCAUUAUGUUUAACUUUACCAGGAGAAAAAAAGAAACUUUAAAUAUGUCGUGUAAUGAGUCAUAUUUUCUGAUCUAAAAAUUUGAAGACACCCAAUAAGUGGUUGAUGACAUCAUGGAAAAUAAUAAAAAUAGAAAAUAAUCUACAAGCAAAAGCAAGAUCCUUAGCUUUCAAUUGUACAACUUUGCCAGAAUGAUUUCAGAAUUCGGUUCAAGAUCGGAAAUCAAAGAUAUCAACUAAAUAGAAGGAAAAACCUACAUGACUCUUGAUGAAAUGAAUAAAUUCAUAUAGAUAGAAGAUGAUGAGGAGAAGAAGGAUGCCAAUAAACCCUCAAAUAAAUGUAUAAAACCCCAAAAUAAUAUUGUAAUAGCUAAAGAUAAGGAAACAACAGCUGAUUUAGGGAAAAAGACCUCAAUUUUGGAAUCAGAUUCAAGUGAUAGUAUUAGUUCUGGUUCUGAAUCUUAAAAUAUUUAUUAACUUAGAUAGAAGAAAAGAGCAUCAUUUCUACCAGACAUCAAAGGUAAUUCAUUCAAUAUUAAGUAUUAAUUGAAUCUAGCACCAGGAAACAAGAUUAAUACCAAAACUCUGGCUAUACCAUAGUUUACUCUAAGCUCAAACUAAUAGAGAAAUAAUAGCAAUAACUUGUCAGCUUUCUCUAAUUCAUUCACAGAUCCAGAAAAAAGCCCUAAUAGAAGCUAUCUUUCUGGAUUUAGAGAUGCUAUAUAAGUGCAGGAGAUGAUUUUUGAGCAUACCAGUGAAAGUGGCACAAAUGAUGAAUUGAAGUAAUCACUUACUUCUCAGUCAGUGAGCGGAGUUGACGACAACUCAGAGAAAAGUAGUUAAGUUCAAAUAUAAUGA